GACCCAACUCUGCCACUUGCCCGCUGUGUGGUCGUACGCAAGUCACUCACUCCCUCUGUGCCCCACCAACCUCAGCUGUGAAAAAAGAGUCGUCCUGUGCUCCCUCCGGGGACAGACAGGUUUUAGGAAAAGUGCUCACGAGGGCCUGGAACAGGAGGGGUCAUUCUGGAGACCCGUCUCUGAGGCCCUGUCCCGCCUACUGGCCUACUCUUGGUGACUGGCUCAGCUGAGAGCUGGGGGACUCCAGGCCCCCUUUCUUGGAGGGUCGGACUCCACCUCCCUCUUGGGACCAUCUAUAGGAGCCAAGGUCAGGAGGGUUGCUGGGAGGAGUAACCCACUUUCCACCCUGAACCCUCCCAACACUCUGUGGAGGCCCCAGGCCCGCACUCCUUGGGGCUCCUGCCACCAAGAGCCCUCAGUGAUCCCACUUGCCCCUUGCCCACUGGCAGACGCAGCAGGGCUGUGGGGGAGGGGCCGUGAGACUCUGGAGGCCAGAGGAGAAAGGUGCAGGCCUUGCUCCCUACCCCCCAGUCAGCAGCAGCCCCCCGCCACAGGAUCUCUAGGAACAUUCUGGAGUACUGAGGCCCCACUUACCACUCUGCAAUGCUCUCUAAUCCACACAGGGGGCAGGGCAAAGCCCUGAGGCCCAGAAGGGCCUCGGCUGGUGGGGGCAUGGGAGAUGGAGCUGCUGGCACGGGGGCUGAGAUUUUACAGCGGGCGGGGCCGCUUGAAGAGGAAAGGUCAUCCCGGGCCAAGAGAUGAAGUGCAGAGUGGCCUUCAGCUUGGGCAAAGGAGGCCCGUGCAGGACCGAUUGCCGGGCAGCAUUCUCUGGCCAGCGUCUGACCCGACCAGGAAGGCAUCCCUCAUAGAGCUGGAGGCUCCUCAAAUGCCAUCUAUUUGUGUCUUGGACCCUGACGGGGGGCAGGAGACAUGUGACCACAGGGAUGGAGUAUUUUUGGCAGUGGGGGUGGGGCCCGCGUGGUGAGCCCAGCACCGUGCUGCUCUGGGAUAGGCAGCUCGGAUGCCCAGCUCCGCUGCCCAGGCUGGCCACGGGGUCCCAGGCAGGGGGCAGAGCCAGGCACUCCCUGAUGACCCCUGAGUGGGCUCUAGCCAGCACUAGUGUGACCUUGAUGAUCUCCGUGGAAGCCCAGAAGCCUGUCCCAGCCAAGGCUGGUGGAAGGUCAUCGCCAAAGGCCGGUCACCUGCUGGGCACUGCGGCCCCUCCUCCAUGGCCAGCUGCCACCUGAGGCGCGCUGGGACAGACCCGGGCUGAUCCUCGCCAGGAAGCAGAUGGGGUGCUGGCCCCCGAGCCAAAGAGGCAGAGGGCGCCGCAGCAAGCGUCCAGCGGCCGGUGCCCGGGACCUGGGCCCACGAGGACCCCGCCCGGCCUCCAGCUCUGCCACCCCGGCGCCUCUGCUGACCUGAAAUGGAAAACUUCCAGUACAGCAUCCAGCUGAGUGACCAGGACUGGGCUGAGUUUUCGGCCACGACGGAAGAGUGUGGUCUCCUGCAGGCCGGCCUGGCCUCAGGGGAUGAGCUCUUGUCCAGUGACAUUGACCAAGGGGGCAGCAGUGGCAGCAGCCCUCCGGGGCCUCCACCCCUUCUCGAGGGGCGGCCGGCUUCUGGGGGGAGGGGCUGGCCCGGCUUCAAGGGGGAGGACCAGGCAGCUCCCCGGCCGCUGGUCAGCAGGUCUUGGCAUGAGCCUGUCUUGGCCCCGGGGCCCGAUCAGCAGACGCCCAGCACGUCCGCACGGUCAGAAGCUCUGCUGUCCCUCGGAUCUGAUGCCACCCCCCAAGGCCAGAGCUUGUCGCUUCGAGGGCCGGUGUCUUCCCGAGGCGAGAUGCAGAGGCUUCUGCAGGGGCCUGCCCCCCAGGGCCCUGCCCCUAGUCCCCCUGGUGGGCCUCCCCAGAACUCUGAGCCUCCUGGCUGCACCCCAGCUCCCCAGAGGCCCCCUGGCAGUCCCGGAGCCCCGGCACGCAGCCCUAGCCGAAAGAAGAGGCGCGCCGCCGGGGCCAAGGGGGGCGGGUGCCUGAGCACCCCCGGCUCGGCUGCCCCCCAGCAGGGUUCCCCGCUGCCUGCUGAGGUCAGGCCCAAGGAGCGCCUUGGCCUGGCUGCGUCCGGGGGGCAGGGUCUCCCGGCUGGGGCAGCGGAGCAGACCGCAGGAACUGGGCAGGGAGAAAGCUGUCUGGAGUCUGCAGGAGCCCCUGCACAGGUGACCCUGCAAGGAACAGAUCCGGAUCUGCCGACACCUGUCCCUGCAACUGAGGAAGGUACAGAGCUCCUGAGAAUGGCCCCGGGAGGUGAGCUACACACCACGUCCACACCUGCCCGGGCCGCUCAUCCAGAUAUUUCAAUGGCUGAGUCAGAUGUGCCUCUGUCUACACCUGCCUCCAAGCUUCAGCCCGAUAUGCCUCUGUCUACACUUGCCUCCAAGUCUAGACUGGACAUGGACCUGCCUGUGCUGGACCCAGUGGUCAAGCAGGAGGUGGAUUCGUCCACACCUGCUCUGCUGCCUCACCUUGUGUCCAAGGCCCAGCCUGACGUGGGCGUGUCGGCAGCUGUCCCCACUUCCCGGGCCGGGCCUGAUGUGGUGAAGGUGGAGGUGGGCCUAGCGGCCACGCCACAAUUGAGCCCUCUUGGGUCUCCAGGACACCGGGAGAAACCCAGAGAGGAGCCCUCAGCAGGUGCCCCUGGACAUCACUCAGGGGAGCCCCCACCAGGCCGGGUCCAAGCCCCCAGGAAGAAGAAAGUGCGGUUUUCCAUGGCUGUGCCCAGCCCUGAGGGGCCAGGCUCAGGAGAGACCUCAGAACCCCUGUCGCCAGCCGCAGCCCGGCCCUCAUCCCCCAGGACAGCCACGGGGGGCCGAGGGGGGCCUGGAGGCUGGGACGCCAUGGCAGUUGGGCCCCGGUCUCCGCAGCCUCGGAUCCUCAAACACCUGCCUCCCCCUUCCCCCUCCGCUUCGGUGGGGCCCAGGCCAGGGAGCAGCUUUGCAGUGACCCUCCCAGAGGCCUACGAGUUCUUCUUCUGUGACACCAUCGAGGAGGAGGAUGAAGGUGCUGAGGAGGCGGCAGAAGGCGACCAGGCCCUGUGUGAAGCACGGUGGCCAGACGUGUGUGAAUUCUUCUUCCAGGACCGCGGAGCCCAGAGGCCCGGGCACGGGGGGAGCCACGCUGUGGCCCAGCCGCCCCAAGCUGAGGCUGUACGGGCCGCUCUACCUGGAGACCCUGUGCCCAUCUCCAUCCCUGAGGCCUACGAACACUUCCUUGGGGAGGACUCCCCGGGAGGCACGCCCGAGCUGGCCGCCCUGCUCCAGGUGCAGGCCACGGAGCCCCCCAGCUUGGCGCCCUGGGGCGUGGGGCUUGGCACCCCACCAGAGCCCAGCCCAACCACAGCAGAGCAGCUCAGUCUGGCAGUCAGGCAAGCAGGGGGGCUCCGAGGUCCUCUCCCCUCUUUGGCCCUCAGCCAGAACGACAUGUGCCUCGUGUUUGUGGCCUUUGCCACCUGGGCUGUGAGAACGUCAGACCUGCACACCCCAGAUGCCUGGAAAACAGUCUUGCUGGCCAACAUCGGCACCGUCUCUGCCAUCCGCUACUUCCGCCGGCAAGUGAGGAAGGGGCGCCGCAGCCCCAGCCCCAGCUCUUAGAACCCAGGCUUGGUCCAGGAAGACACAGGACAGAGAAAUGGCCAUGGGCACUGAGGACAAGGUGCUACCCUCAGGUCUUGCCCUUUGACCCCUGUGUUCUCCGGCAUCUAGGAAGGAGCCAGUGUUCUUGCUCCUGCUCCGUGGACUCCCGCAACGUUCUAACCACCGGCUAAGGCCGAGGCGAUGCUUCACACCUGGGAGGAGGGAGAUUCCGGAAGGCUGGGUGGGUGGGUGCUGAGCAAGGAGCUGAUGAGUAAGGUGACCAGAUUAGCUCAUAAAAACAUAGGGGGCCAGGGAAACUUGAAUUUCAGACGCGCAGUAUUUGAUGCUUUGCACUGUGAUGUGUGGUUUAUCUGAAAUCCAAUUGAACUGGGUGUCCUGUAUUUUACUGGGUUAUCUAGUCAGCAGGGAGAGGCAGGGAGAGGCACUGGGAACGUGAAGGUGUUGGAGCAGCAGCAAAGCCCCAGCUGGAAAUCUGGGAAGGGGGCAAGAGUGAGGAGACUGAUGGCCUUCGGGUUGGAGGGGGUGUCCCAGGGACAAGUAGGUGAGGAGGGGAAAGCCUCUGAGGCCUCUGUGACCCAUAAGCCCCAGGCUGCCUUGGCUCCUGCCCGAGCAGAAGACAGCGAGCAGGUCCCCGCAGGGGCGGGUCGGACGGUGGCUCCUGCAGGGUGGGGGUCUGUAGGGCAGAAGCUGGAGCCCCUCCUCUGGGGAACCUUAGAUGAGGUACAGAGGCACAAUAGGGUGGCGUCGGAUAAAGGAUCAGAUAUUUGGGAUUGUCCUAAGGCUUUGAGGCGUCAGAGAUGGGGCAGGAAGGUGGGUGGAGGCUGGUGGUGGCAGAGCCGUGGAGCCCACAGGGCUGGGUGCCAGGUGGGCCUGUGCACAGGGUCCCCAGGAUGGGGGACUCCUGACUGCUGAGCGGAAAACGCAUGGACACACAGCACAAA